UUUGUGCUUAGAAACUAAUAGUUGCAUCACCUUAUUCCAGGGUUCGAAAAAGAAAGGAGGAGAAGCUAAGGGAACAGGAGCAGAAAUUAAAAGAAAAACAUGAAAAACUCAAAGAGGAGGCAAGAAAUGGAGACCAUGUGUCAGGAGAGGAGAUGGACAUCAUCAGCACAGAAAGUCAGGAAGGUCAUGCUGAGCAAAACACAGAGGAUGAGGAGGAGCAACCAGCCAAAUCUAAAAAAUUAAAGAAAACAAAUGACCUCCCAAAAGAGAAACAGGUUGGUGAGGUUGAAAUGAAAGACAGUCUGAGCCCAGAGGAGUUACAGCAACAGCAGCUCAAAGAGAAAGAACUUCUGGAGCGCAUUCAGAAAGCUAUGGCCUGCACCUACAUCCUGCCUCUCGGCCGCGACCGCCUUUAUCGCCGCUACUGGAUUUUCCCUUCUGCUGGGGCACUGUUUGUCGAGGAGGACUUCUUUGGCCUGACAGAGGACAUGCUAGAGCCCCGUCCUACUCCCGAACCCAAAAUAGAAGAGCUUUUCUCAGCCAAGAGCCCAGUUAAGACAGAUGCCACCACUGAGGAGCCGGUGCUGGUCCAGAACACCUCGCCGCCAGUCAACCGGCCCAAUCAGUGGUUCUUCUACAGCACACCUGAGGAGGUGGAGCAGCUCAUAGAGGCUCUGAACCCUCGUGGACGCAGAGAGAGCAGCCUUAAAGAGACUUUGCUGCAGGAGAAGGAGCGAAUUGUUCAACUGAUGGAUAGCAAAGCUGCUCAGCGGUACUAUCACUCAGAUGAAUCUCUGCCAGAGACCAAAGGAAGUACUUUAAAGCCAAAACCUGGCCCAUCUUACCCACAAAGCACUGUACCUGCUGAGCGCUUCAUGGAGAAUCGUCUCAGAGAUCUACUACUGGAUAUUGAGGACCGCAUCUAUCAGGGAACUCUGGGGGCAAUUAAAGUGAUGGACAGAAACUCAUGGAGAGCCGCACUGGAAAACGGGAACUAUGAACUGCUAAAUCCCCAGUCCAAAGAGAACGGGCUGAUCAACGGAGAAGAGGAGCCAAUGGAGAUUUAUGAGAAUCACAUCAGAGUCAAAGACAGGCCGCAAGAAUUGAAGGCCGAGGGUCAGAGUGCCACGUCCACUACUGUGAGCACACCACAGCCUGUCAAUAACAUUGUCCACUAUUUGGCACACGCUCUUGCACAGAUAGAGCAGGGCAUAGAGCGCAAGUUCCUGAAAGCUCCACUAGGUGAUGAGGAUGCCAAGAAAGACCAGAAGUUGAAGAAAAAGGACAAAAAGAAAGAUGACGACCAGUCCAGCGAGAAAGAUGAUGGCAGUGAAAGUGGGCGGCAGGUGAAAACUGUGCAAGAACGCUGGCGUGAGUCUUUGUUGGCCUGCUCCAGCUUGUCGCAGGUUUUCCUGCAUCUUUCCACACUUGAGCGCAGCAUAGUCUGGGCCAAAUCCAUCCUCAACGCCCGCUGUAAGGUGUGUCGUAGGAAAGGAGACGCUGAGAACAUGCUUCUAUGUGACGCCUGUGACAGAGGCUAUCACAUCUUCUGUGUUCGGCCAAAACUGAAGGCUGUUCCUUCUGAAGACUGGUUCUGCCCUGAAUGCCGCCCCAAACAGCGUUCCCAUAGAAUCAACUCCCGUCAGCGUUCCUCUAUUGACUCUGAAGAAGAAAUGGAGGACGAGGAGGAGUCUGAACAAGAGGAAGAAGAAUCAGAAGAGGAAGAUGAGUCAGAAGAAGAACAGUCAGAGAAGGAAGAUGUGUCCAAGAAGGCUGCUGUCAAACUGCCUCCACAUAGCAAUAAAGGAGUUCGUUUGAACACCAGAUCAAAACAGGCUGAAUCAAGUCAUAACAUGCCUCGCUCGCAGCAGAGCACAUCCAAACAGAAUCAGUCUGCUAAUAAAGGAGGCUCCAAAAACUCAGGCAAGAAGUCCACCCCGGUGUCCAAUGGCAAGCCCCCUCCCCGGGCAGGAAGCCGCUCCAGUGCUCGUCUUAGUCUAGAGGUGCUCACUACUAAUGGCACAACAACCAAAUCCAACCAGCCCAGUCCUACAGCAGAGAAUACAGACUCUAGGAAGAGACCCAUUACUGCAGAGGUCUCCCCAAAAGCCAAGAUCGUUUUGGCUCCAGCCACCACUUCAUCCAACCGUCGAAGCUCAGGGAGAAACUUAGGCGUCCACGAGCUGUCAGCCUGUGAGCUGCUCACUGUGGACCUGGUCAGACACGAGGACAGCUGGCCUUUCAAGAAACUAGUGUCCAGAACUCAGGUGCCUGAUUACUAUGACAUAAUCAAAAAACCCAUCGCCUUGAGCACAAUCAGGGAAAAGGUCAACAACUGUGAAUAUCAAACUGCUGCGGAGUAUAUAGAGGAUGUGGAGCUCAUGUUUUCCAACUGUCUGGAGUACAACCCACGUAACACCAAUGAAGCAAAGGCCGGUCCACGGCUGCAGGCCUUCUUCCAUUCUGAACUUCAGAGACUCGGCCUGGCUGAACGCAUGACUCCACCACAGAAACGGUCACGGAUGUAAACAAAAGCCCAUCUUCCACACAAGCUCGCCAACUGGCCGAGACUGAAGACCAGUUCAUAAUCCGCUGUCUAAUUAUGUUGUUCUAUUGCAUUUGUGGAAUGUUCAUGAACAUUCCGGUGUGGUGUGAAUCAUUAAAAAAUUCUACCUA